AUGGUCGAGAUUCUAAGUGAUACUGAAUCAGAAAAUUUUCAAGAAAACAUAUAUUAUAAUGAACCAUCAGUUUCAAGAGAAGCCAGUAAUAAAGAAAAUAGAUAUUAUUGUGAUCAUUACAUUAAAAGUUAUAAGGCUGCUAAAGAUAAUUCAACUUCUACAUUAAGGGGCCAUAUUGCUUAUGAACAUAAACAAUUGAAUUCAGAAAUAUCUACUUCAGGACCAUUGGAUAAAUUUGUUAAAUCAAAAACAGCAUUGGCAUUUUACAACUAUUUAUUUGAUAAUAUUGAAGAAUUUCAACAAAAAAAUGAACUUUCAACUGAUAUGAAUGAUGCUAUAAAUGUUUCAAUACAAAAACUUAAUGACUAUUAUCCAACUUCUGAUGGUUUAGUUUAUAUUGUUGCAACAA